AUAAUACUGUCAUUUUACGACGAUCUUCUCUGUAUUACUUACUCAUUUUAUUAUAAAACCAAGUCAUGGCAGAAUCUGUGAUAGAUAAAGGGGAUACAGCUUGGGUAAUGGUGUGUGCCUGUUUCGUGUUCUUGAUGUGUCCUGCUUUAGGUUUCUUUUAUGCUGGUCUUGCUCGAGCCAAAAAUGCACUUUCCUUGAUGUAUCUAUGUUUAAUAUCAGUUGGUGUUGUAUCUAUACAGUGGUAUCUUAUCGGUUACUCUUUAACGUUUUCGGCAACUGGUGGUCCCUUUAUUGGAGAUUCAUCUUUAUUUUUAUUUCGUAAUGUUGGUGCUGCUCCAUUACUUCCAUCUCAUACCAUUCCUUCCUCUGCCUUUUUCUGUUUUCAAGCUAUGUUUGCUUGCAUCACUCCAGCUUUAGCUUUUGGAUCUGCAGCUGAACGUAUGUCGCUUGGACCGGCUAUUAUUUUCAUUUUCGUUUGGACUACACUUGUUUAUGAUGUUGUCACGUGUUGGACUUGGGGUCCUAAUGGUUGGCUUGCAUUGAUGGGUGUCAUGGAUUUCGCUGGUGGCAUCACUGUUCAUUGUUCAAGUGGAUUAGCAGCUGUAGCUUAUGCAAUGGUAUUGGGCAAACGUCGUGAUUAUGAUGAAAAUGUUAAUACACCUCAUAACGUUUCAUUUGUAUUUCUUGGAUUGGCUCUCAUGUGGUUUGGUUGGUUUGCUUUCAACGCUGGUAGUGCUUUUGCUGCCAAUGCAAGAAGUGUGAAUUCCUUAGUCUGUACUCAUUUGGCUGGUUGUGUUGGUGGUGUAGUUUGGGUAUUGAUGGAUUAUCGUCAUGCACGCAAAUGGAGUAUCAUUGGACUAUGUACUGGUGCUGUGGCUGGCCUUGCAACAGUGACUCCUGGUUCUGGUUUUGUAUCUCCCAGUAGUGCCUUGGCAUUUGGCUUUUUUGGAUCAUCUAUUUGUAACAUCGCUUUGAACUACAAACACAAGUAUCGAUUUGAUGAUGCAUUGGACGUAUUUGCUGUUCAUUAUAUUGGUGGUCUUGUUGGAUUAGUCCUAACUGGAGUGUUUGCUCAACAAUCUGUGAUUGCCCUUGGUUACCCUGAAGGAACUCCUGUUGAAAACAUGCAAAAAGGUGGAUGGUUAGAUGGAAACUGGAUGCAAGUUCCUAUUCAGCUCCUUGGUAUUGUGGCUGUAUCGGCUUGGUCUUUUGUGAUUACUUAUAUUAUUCUUUUGGUGAUUAACAUGAUCCCUAAAAUGAAACUACGAUUGGAUGAUGAAGCAGAAUUGAUGGGAACAGAUUGGGCUGAAAUGGGUGAACGUGCUUAUGCUUAUUUACCAUUUGAAGAACAACAAACGCCAACUCGACAAUCAAGAAGUAGUGAUGAUACCAACGAAAACAACAACGAUCAAUCCAACGAUACUUCUUCCUCCAUCAUCAAACACGAUCCUUAUAUCCAACAUCAUGAAAAUAUUAAAAAACAUAAUCCGUUCAAAGGCAUCAAAAAGCUGAUGAUGACGAACGAUCGAACUGUGAUCAAGGGUGUACCUGACUUGAUUGAAGAACCUGUCAUGCUGGAUUACCAUCAACAAAAAGAUCUAGGUGCUAUUCGAAUGCAUGAAAUCGUGGAACCCACAGGUGGUGAUUUGUAUCAAAAGACCCAAGCCAAACUACGUGAUGAACGACAAGCAGAAGAAGAUGUGAUAGAAGUCAUUGGUCAUUCCAUGUUACGAACAUCUACCACUGCCACUUCAUCUUGUACAAAUGUAUCCUCAACCCAACAAACAACAACAAAAUCAUCAUCAUCAUCAUCAUCAUCAUCAUCUACAGCAGCAUCACCUUCACCUGCUGAAGCACCAAUAGAAAUGAAACAAAAAUCCAAAGUAUAA